UAAGCGUGGUCGCAGGUGGCGCAUUUUACGUGAUUAAACUCUAACCUCAAAUAUUGUUUGUGUUUGGUUUUUCCGAGUAUAUCAACAUAAAUAAAUCGUGGAAACAGUUUUAUUAAUGAUUGUUGCUAUUUAAGAAUUAAAUAAUCAAUUAUAAUAGUUUUAUUUUAACGUUCGUGUCCCAAUUAAGGGACAACGGCAAGAUGUUCUCGAUUUGCAAGCAAACCCACCCCGCAACUGCUGUGGAACAUGCAAUUCGUUGCUAUUUCUUUGAUAGGUCAGACAGGUGUCUUAUCACUGCUGGGGCAAAUAUUAUCAAAGUAUACAGAUUAAUUCCUGAUUCAGAAGUUAAUGUAAAAUUGGAAAAACAGAAAAAAUCAUCUGGCUUGAAACCACCAAAAUGCAAACUAGAAUGCGCCGCAUCCUUCACAUUAUUCGGCAAUGUGAUGUCUAUUCAGAGUGUAAACCUAGCAAACUCACCACGGGAUGCUUUACUCUUAGGAUUUCAAGAUGCCAAACUUUCUGUUGUUGAGUAUGAUCCCGAAACUCACGAUUUAAAAACGUUGAGUUUGCAUUACUUUGAAGAAGAAGAUAUGAAAGAUGGAUGGACACAUCAUUAUCAUGUACCACUUGUUCGCGCAGAUCCAGAAAAUCGCUGUGCAGUCAUGACGAUUUUCGGCCGAAAAUUAGUCGUUUUGCCUUUUAGAAGGGAAAAUUCGUUGGAUGACGGUGACACCAAUGAUAUUAAACCCAUGCUUAGUAAUAAUUCAACGUCGAAAAGUUUAAUCAUGGCGUCGUACAUGAUUUAUUUGAAAGAUUUUAUGGAUAAAAUUGAUAAUAUAAUUGAUAUUCAAUUUUUACAUGGCUAUUAUGAGCCUACGCUACUUAUACUCUAUGAACCUUUAAAAACAUUUGCAGGACGUGUUGCUGUACGAACUGACACAUGCGCAAUGGCUGCAAUUUCCUUAAAUCUCCAAGAAAAGGUCCACCCUGUUAUCUGGAGUGUCGCAAAUCUACCAUUUGAUUCAAUACGAGCAGUGCCAAUCAAGAAACCUUUAGGAGGAACAAUUAUUUUUGCCGUAAACUCGUUAAUAUAUUUAAAUCAGAGUAUUCCACCUUAUGGCGUUACUUUGAAUAGUAUUGCUGAUACAUGCACAAACUUUCCAUUGAAACCUCAACCAGACAUAAAAAUAAGUUUAGAUUGUGCCCAUGUUGGAUUUUUGGAAGAGGAUACUUUGGUUUUAUCUCUAAAAGGUGGUGAAUUGUACGUUUUAACUUUAUUAGUCGACAGUAUGCGAUACGUGAGAAGUUUUCACUUUGAGAAGGCUGCAUCAAGUGUUUUAACAACAUGUAUUUGUGUUUGUGAAAAUAACUUCCUCUUUCUUGGAUCUCGUCUCGGCAAUUCGUUACUAUUGCGCUUCACUGAGCAAGAUAAUUGCCAAGUGAUAAACCUAGACGAAGAUUGUGCCGAGCCGGAUGCAAAGAAAUUAAAAGAAGAUGAAAGUGAAAAAGUUCUUGACAGUCUCAAUGAUUGCAUGGCAAGCGAUGUGUUGGACAUCCGCGAUCCGGAAGAGUUAGAAGUAUACGGUAAUCAAAAACAAGCCAGUUUGCAAAUCACUAGCUACGUCUUUGAAGUAUGCGAUACUUUAUUGAAUGUCGGACCAUGCGGGAAUAUCUCCAUUGGAGAACCAGCGUUUAUAAGUGAAGAAUUCACUAAGAAUAUGGAUUUAGACUUGGAAUUGGUCACAACUGCAGGAUAUGGUAAAAAUGGAGCGUUGGUUGUGUUACAGAGAUCAAUUCGACCACAGAUUGUCACUACUUUCACACUUCCAGGAUGUUUUAACACGUUUACCGUGUACGGGCCGCAUGAUCAUCAUGCGUUUUUGAUUUUGAGCCAGGAAAGCAGUUCUAUGAUUUUACAAACUGGCCAAGAAAUAAAUGAAAUUGACAAUACGGGCUUUUCUACUGACGGCCCAACUGUUUACGCUGGAAAUUUAGGCAAUAAUAAAUAUAUUGUGCAAGUUAAUAUCAAUUCGAUUAAAUUAUUGAUUGGGACGACUAAAUUGCAGUAUAUUCCGCUUGAUUUGGGUUCACCGAUUGUAUAUGCAACUAGUGCUGAUCCUUAUAUUGCAAUUUUGACUGCUGAUGGGCAGGUAAUUACGUUGAUGUUGCGCGAAACACGCACAUCAGCCAAGUUGGUGGUCAGUAAAUCUACUCUUGCUAAUACACCAGCAGUAACAACAAUUUGCAUGUAUAGAGACGUUUCGGGUCUUUUCACAAAUAAAAUCCCUGAUGAAUUCACCAGCAUUCCACAACACAUCAUCAGCGACACAGAACCGAGGCAAGAUAACGAAAAUGAAGAUGAUCUCCUUUACGGCGACGAUAGUGACUUUAAAAUGCCCGCGAUUUCAACAUCCAAACCAAAAGUCUACUACAAUUGGUGGAAGAAAUACAUGAAAGACAAUAAACCCACGUUUUGGUUGUUUGUCGUACGUGAAAAUUCGAACUUGGAAAUCUAUUCAGUUCCUGAAUUUAAACUGUGCUUCAUUGCGCGCAAUCUCAACUACGGGUAUAAAGUACUCGUUGAUAGCUUAGAAUCGGUGAAUACGAUUCACGAUGAUAAACAUGAGUUUGAUGAGCAUGUCGUUAAAGAGAUCUGCGUGGUUGCAUUAGGAAAUAAGAACAGUAAACCAUUACUAUUUGUACGACUAGAGAACGAUUUGUACAUUUAUGAAGUGUUCCGCUUUCAUCGCGGAAACUUAAAGAUGCGCUUUAAGAAAAUGCAACAUAAUAUUAUGUAUUCGUCAAAUGAAACACCGAAGUAUGAGAGUGGCAAUGCGGAUUUCAUUGGAAUUCAAGAAAAGAUUUCAAAAAUUCGAUAUUUUACAAAUAUUGCUGGCUAUAGUGGAUUGUUUAUCUGCGGCGCAAAUCCAUAUUGGAUAUUCUUGACGUCCAGAGGUGAAUUGAGAGCGCAUAAUAUGUUGAUAGACGGAGAAGUUUUAACGUUCGCUGCGUUCAAUAACAUUAAUUGCCCACUUGGAUUUUUGUAUUUUAACAAGAAGUCUGAAAUGCGAAUUGGCGUUCUACCAACUCAUUUGAGUUAUGAUGCACCUUGGCCUGUCAGAAAAGUACCACUAAGAUAUACACCAGUAUUUGUUACUUAUCAUCUCGAAUCGAAAACAUAUUGCCUUGUUACGUCUACAUCGGAAGCAUCAAAAUCUUACUACAAAUUCAAUGGAGAAGAUAAAGAGCUAUCGGUUGAGGAUAAGGGAGACCGGUUUCCAUAUCCCAUGCAGGAAAAGUUUAGUGUGAUGUUAUUUUCGCCAGUUUCAUGGGAAGUUAUUCCAAACACACAAAUUGAUUUAGAGGAAUGGGAGCAUGUGACUUGUUUAAAAAAUGUGUCGCUUGCUUAUGAAGGUACUAUUUCCGGUUUGAAGGGAUACAUCGCCAUGGGGACUAAUUAUAAUUAUGGUGAAGAUAUCACAUCCCGAGGAAGGAUUUUAAUUUAUGACAUCAUUGAAGUUGUACCUGAACCUGGACAACCUUUAACUAAAAACAGAUUUAAAGAAAUCUACGCUAAAGAACAGAAAGGUCCAGUUACAGCCAUAUCUCAAGUUAAAGGCUUUUUAGUGUCGGCUGUUGGACAAAAGAUUUACAUCUGGCAACUGAAGGAUAACGACCUUGUCGGAGUUGCUUUCAUCGACACACAAAUCUACACACAUCAGAUAUUAGCAAUCAAGAGUCUAAUCCUUGUCGCGGAUGUUUAUAAAUCGGUUGCUUUACUACGCUUCCAAGAAGAAUACCGUACAUUGUCAUUAGUCUCCAGAGAUUUUCGUCCCUGCGAAGUGUACACCAUUGAGUAUCUGAUAGAUAAUUCAACAUUGGGAUUUUUGGUAUCUGACGCUGAAAAGAAUAUAAUUUUGUAUUUGUAUCAACCAGAAGCAAGAGAAUCUUUUGGUGGCCAGAGAUUGCUAAGAAAGGCUGAUUUUCAUUUCGGGCAGAAUAUUAACUCAUUCUUUAGGAUCAAAUGCAAACUGAGUUUGUUUAGUGAAGACAAAAAGUAUCAAUCUGGAGCUGAUAGAAAACACAUAACUAUGUUUGCUACACUUGAUGGAGGGUUAGGAUAUAUCAUGGCUGUUCCAGAAAAAACCUAUAGGAGAUUGCUCAUGUUGCAAAAUGUGUUGGUUACGCACGGAUCACAUACAGCUGGAUUGAAUCCAAAAUCUUACAGGACUUAUCGCAGUUGGCGGAAGUUACAAGCGAAUCCAUCGCGGAGUAUUAUCGACGGUGACUUGGUUUGGAAUUUUACGCAGUUACCUCUAAAUGAGAAACUUGAAGUGGCGAAAAAAAUUGGAUCGAAAAUUGAUGAAUUGGUUGAAGAUCUGAAUGAUAUUCAAAAGUUGACGGCGCAUUUUUAGUUUCUUUUAAACAAUUUUAUUAUUUUUACGUCUUACUUUGUUUAUGAGUUUCAAUAAACCGUUUAAUUUA